GCCGCUCAGACCUGCGAUGGAGCGCUCCGGGGUGCACGUGUGUCCGCGCCGCGCCAGUGGCGAGCCCGCGGCCAGCCCGCAGCCGCGCUCCGGGGCCAGGCACGCGUCUGCCGUGCCGCUGCCGCCGCUCUGCAUGCGGAUCCUGCUGCUCCUGCUGCUGCUGUUGCCCCUGUGCGCGCAUAAGGCCAAGUCAGCAAGUGUGUUGCAGACAUGGGAUGCAGAAGGAUCCAGGGUGGACGCUGCUGCCUCGAGACCAACUACUCCAGACUUGGACUUCUACUUCGUUGAUGGUAGACUUCGUUGCAAACGGUGCCCUAGAGGUCACUAUGUUAAAGAGCACUGUGCUAAUCCUGAUGGUUUUGCGACGUGCCUUCCAUGUAAAGAAGGCUUUGAAUACAUGGCCUACUCCAGUGAGUUCAAGACAUGCUUCUCUUGCCGUGCCUGCAGGGGAGACCAGGUGGAGGUGAGACCAUGCACCAGCAUCAGCGACAGGGAGUGUGCCUGCAAGAAUGGCACCUACUGCACCCCAGAUCAGCCCUGUGAAAUGUGCCACAAGUGCCGAACCAGUUGCCCCAAAGGAGGAGAGGUGGUGAAAUCUUGCACGCCAUAUAGUGAUAUACAGUGCAGCCACUCCGUUGUGCCCCCUUCUGCACAGGGUAUUUCUGUAGGCUUGGUUACUGGUAUUGCUGUGUUUCUCAUUAUAGUCGUCACAGUCCUGGUCGUGCUAGCAGUUCGGUAUUGCUGCUUUUCGGAUGAUGAGAAAUCUUUUGAAUUAAAGUCCAAGAUCCUACUGCGGCUGAGAAACGGCACAAGGAGGAAUCAAGGAACUCUGGACAACCACAGGAAUCAAAAGAUGGAUUGGGAGUCCCAGCAUAAGCUGCUAGUUCCACAGGAGCAGGCUGGUCAACUGGGCCCUAUGGGAACAAGGGCAGAGGCCAGCCACUCAGAGCUGGAGGAGGUGCUGCACUUGUCUGUACCAGAGGUGAAGGGGCGGAAGAAUCUGGUUCCAGUGGAGGGAGAUGACCAGAUCGAGACUCUGCGCAGGUCCUUUGACGUCUUUGCGGAAGAAGUGCCCUACAAGGACUGGAAAAGAUUUGGCAGACAACUUCAUCUCUCGGAAAAUGAAAUUAUGAUGGCUGAGAAGAUUGGUGGGGACUCACUGGAGCAGUAUGUGCAGAUACUAACCACCUGGCUGAACAAAGAGGGCACAGGAUCCUCUGUGAACACAUUGCUGGAGACGCUGGACAGGAUCCAUCUCAGGGGUGUUGCACAAUCAGUUUGCAACAAACUUAUUCAGUAUGGUCUUUACAAGUAUGAAGACACAAGCCCAGAAGCAGAUGGGAUUGUCUCUUCAUAAGUACCUCUGAAGCCAUGGGUCCCUUGUGCCCAGAGAUGCCCUGGGAAGAGGAGCUGGAGUUAGUCAGAUGCCUGGUGGUAGAUUGCAAGCUACUGCAGACGUCCCGAGGUAGAGGAAAUGCUCCGAAGGGAUUUCUACUUGCACAACAACUCUAACAAAUUGUUCCAAGGAACUACUGUGAUCUCUUCUUUGGGCAUUGGUACCACAUGGUCACAGCCUUACAGACUGCUGUUGACAUUUGGCAGAAGUCCUCUCCUGCUGCUAACGCCAAGUCCAGAAUUGGAAUCUCUCUGGAGUCCCUCUGAUGGCCCAGACUACAACCUGUAGUCUGUGUCUCUCCUAUUGCUGUGGGAUGGCUUCAAGCUCUGCGAGUCUCAGAUUGCAGCCAGCUGGGCAUAGCCAUUGCCUAAAUAAAUCUGUGCCAGGCAAGCUUUAGCUGGGCUCUUGCUUUCUGAAAACUGUUUACCUGCUGUACAUUUUAGCUAUAGAUAAAGUCCCCUUCCUGUAAGGCUAGAGCUGGGAUGUGAGGUUUGGACUGGGGUUUGUGGGAGGGGAGGAUUACUACCUUCCCCUCUGGUACGCAAACUAUGGCCCACAGGCAUUGUGUUCCUUUCUUGAAGGAUGCUAAACCCCACAGAGGUGCAGGAUCAUCAGUGGCAGGUGCUCAAAAAAGCACUUGAGAGAUGGGUUCAGUUCCUGCUUGGUGACAGACUUCACGAGUGACCUUGAGCAAGUUGCUGUCCUCUUUGCUCAAUGCCUGCACGGUGGAGGUGCUAAACCUUCCUUACCUCAGAGAAGGGAAAAGCAAGUGCACUUGAACUCUGGUCAUGGGUCAUCCAUCCGUCCUCUGGAUGAAUGAGGAACUUCAUCCAGGCAUCGGUUUUUCUCUUAGUACAUAGUUCAGGGACUUCUUAUCUGUGAAGUGACUUGUUGUUGUACCUCAGGAUCAGCCAGCUACCCGCCUUCCCUCCUCCAAAAGCCAUAUGGGCAUCAUCCAGGCAGCCACAGAUGCCUUAUCCUCAGCAUAGAGAAACAGGUGCUUCCCCUCAUCCAGCAUCUCUCAGAGGAUGCUCAUACUUGAAGUCUAUCCCCUCCACCCUGCCAACAUCUCAUGUCAUGGCUAAUUUGCUUGUUUGUUUUUAAAUGGAGGAACAUGUUCUCUGUAUUUAUAUAUUUAUUAGUAGCUGUAAAGACUUAACUUUAAAAGCUUAAUAUAAAAAUAAGACUCUUCCUUUUUUUACUAUGCAUGUGUUUUUUGCCUUUGUACAGCAGUGUGAACCAUCCAGUAGUGGUGGUUUGUACAAAUCUUUAUGAAGGAAGAAUAAACUUUUAAAAAAAAAAAUUGUA